AUGGAAAUAAUUCCGGGGCUUCCAGAAGAUUUAUGGAUGCAAUGCUUGGUGAGGGUUCCAUACAGAUACCACUGCAAUCUUAGGGCCGUCUGCAGGAGCUGGAAUGCUCUUCUCAGCUGCCAACACUUUUAUCAACAGCGACAGCGCCAUGGGGUGCAGUGCGAGGAAGGAGUAGUUUCUCUUUGCGAAUCCAAAGAAACUGAAAAUAAAUGUGAUUUCGACGUAGUUAUUUACUACCCGCUUGCGCAGUGGUGGGAAAGACUGCCUCAUAUCCCAGCGGAAUUUAAACUAAGAUACAGGGAGGAUCAUCGUUGCGUGUUCGUUAGAUCGAGAAAACAGCUGGUUGUGGUGGGGCUUUUCAACAGACGCAGCUACAGAGACGGUGUGUUGAUAUUUGACUUUUUAUCUCGGAGAUGGUGGCUUGGCACCGACGUGCCAUUCACUAGAAAUUUUUUUGUAUGCGCCGCCUCAGCAAGUGAAGGACUCGUCUAUUUUGCCGGCAGCUACAUCCCCAUGGGGUAUUCCAGUGACUAUCAACGACUAGAAGCUUUUGUUUACAAUGUAGAGGAAAACAAGUGGGAUUUUCUUCCUCCUCCUGAUUACAUCUCUUUCGCUUCUCUUUAUUUCUGCGCUAGUGUUUUCCUUGAUGGUAAGUUUUACGUAGCCCCCCAUCGAUGCGAAAGAGCGCAAGUUUAUGACCCUCACACUCGCGUAUGGAAAAACUUAAAUAGUGACAGUAAUGCUGAUUAUAUUCACAGCUGCGUAGCCGCUCGUCACGGUAUUGAGUGCUCAACCUGGUAUGAAAGUGUAAGAGGGUGGAUAGACGUGAAGGAAAUAGAUAUCGGCAGCAACUCACAAAGUAGAUCAGCUGGGCGAUUUGCUAUUGCAAGAAGUAGUGACUUUCUGGUAAGUGUUGUUCAAUGCAGCAGCGAUUGUGUUGAGGUUGAGUAUUAUAGUUUUAAUCCCCGUGCGAGGGAAGCGAGAAAUAGAUGGCGUAGUAUAGUUUUAAGUGUUGUUCAAUGCUGCAGCAAUUGGGUUGAGCCUUAUAGUUUUAAUCGCCGUGCCAGGGAAGAGAGAGCUGCUAGAUGGCGUCGUAUCAGCUUGCCCAAUAACCGUUUUAUAUUUUCAUCCCGUUCUGUCCAAAUUUGA